GCAAGAUGGCUGCCAUGGUAGCGAAACGAUCGCUCGUUCGAUCCUGUAGCCGGCUGUACGUGCUUUCCCAGCAUCAGGGACAAGUGUGCGGCUACUCCUCCUCAACGAAGCACCCGUACCAGGGUAAUGGUGAGGGUAGCAGUCCGACCGGCCAUCUGACCAUGACCAGCAGCAGCAAGCAGCUGUCGACGGCCGAAAUCAAGAAGAUCCCGGAUGCGGAGGUGCGCAAGUCCGUCUUCAUCUCGCAGUCGAACGAUGUGUUCACGAAUCUGGCACUGGAGGAUUGGAUCUAUCGGCACUUCGAUCUGACGAACCAUCACAUCCUGAUGCUAUGGAUUAACAAACCGUCGGUGGUGAUUGGACGGCAUCAGAAUCCAUUCUCGGAAACGAAUGUUUCCGCGCUGGAACGUAAUGGGAUCGAGCUGGCUCGGAGGAACAGUGGAGGUGGUGCGGUUUAUCACGAUCCCGGCAACCUGAACUGUACCUUCUUUAUGCCGCGAGCCCGGUACGAUCGGAAGUACAAUCUGACGCUGUUGACACGCGCCCUAUAUCGGGAGUACGGCAUCAAUGCGGAGCUGUCCGCACGGGACGAUAUUGUGCUGCUGGGAAAGAAGAUAUCGGGCACCGCAGCAAAACUAGGCCAACCGAACGCUUAUCAUCACUGUACGCUCUUAGUAAACUCGAACAAACUUCACCUGGGUGCAUCACUCGCUAAAGAUAACGUCGAAAUAACAAGCAAGGCGACCGCCUCUAUCCCAUCGCCAAUCAAGAACCUUGUUGACGUAAACCGAACCGUAAACAUCCAGCAGCUCCUGUCGGCCAUUGGGUACGAGUUUCUACGCACACCUGCCACCCAGCUGACCGAUGGUGGGCGCGAACUGUUGAUGAAGCAGCGCGGCUUCCAGCUAAUCAAUCCAACCGACAAGUGGUUCCCGGGCAUCACGGAACUGCGCGAAAACUUUGCCUCCUGGGAGUGGCGGUUUGGAAAGACGCCAAACUUCUCCGUACAGAAGACGAUCCAGCCUAAAUCGGCCAGUGCUGGGCAGGAAAUGAAGCUGAAAGUUGACGUUGAAAAGGCGCUGAUCAAAGAAAUUAGUCUAAUCCUGCCGAACCACGAACCGAUUCCGGUAGUGUCGGACAUGGUUGGACGUGCGUACAAUGAGGAUUGCUUCCAUGGCAUUGCGGAAGCGCUGAAGGGUGCCAACACCGAGCAUAUGCAGCAGGCGAUGGGAUUAUGAAGGUUAGUCCUACCAGCGACAGCUACCACCGUACCGUCCACAUCGACGAACGCCGACAGCGGACCGGACGAUGGACGCAGUUGAAAGU